AUGUCUAAUGUCAUAACUCCGGAGAUAUUGAAUCUCUUAGACCCAGUAGUAUCCAGUUUAAAACGUCAUCAAAUUGAAGGAGAUCAAGAAAUCGCCGUUACAAUUGCUCAUCUAUUAAUGAAAGUCAUUUCUGCUGCCAGAUGGACUAACACAUAUGAAUUGAUUGAGAUUAUAAGACAAGUUGGAGUGGUUAUUCAUAAAGCAUAUCCUAGAAAAUGUAUACCUGGAAACAUUGUCAGAAGAGUCCUUGCUUUAAUUCGUGAUGAGAUUGAAACUGAACAACAACAUGAAAAUUCAUCUGCUAUGAUGAAUUCAAUGUUUAGUUUAUUAUCCACAUCUAAUAACAACACUAACGCUAAUAAUAACAAUACUGGCGCUUCCAAACAGCAACUGAAGAAACAAACUAGUGAUAUGAGAUCUAUUAUUAUACAAGGUAUAAGAGACUUAGUCGAUGAAAUAACCAAUGUCAACGAUGGGAUUGAAACAUUAUGUAUUGAUUUAAUCCACGACAAUGAAGUCCUCUUAACACCAACCCCAACUUCCGACACAGUAUUACAUUUCUUAAUCAAAGCAAGAUCAAAAAGAAAAUUCACCGUCUUAGUUCUGGAAAACUACCCCAAUGAUACUAAACAAGCUCAUCAAUUCGCCAAAACAUUAGCUGAACAUAAAAUUGAUACUGUUUUGAUUCCAGAUUCUACAACAUAUGCCGUCAUGUCCCGUGUUGGAAAAGUUAUAAUAGGAACCAAUGCCGUAUUUGCCAAUGGGGGUUGUUUGUCAAAUUCAGGAGUUGCAAAUGUGGUUGAAUGUGCAAAAGAACAUAAGACUCCUGUAUUUGCCGUAGCUGGAUUAUUUAAGUUAUCGCCAUUAUAUCCAUUUAAUAGAAAUGAUUUGAUUGAGGUUGGGAAUACUGGGAAAGUAUUGAAUUACGAUGAAUUUGAUUUAGUCGAUAAUGUAGAAGUGGUUACUAAUCCUUUGGAAGAUUAUAUCCCACCUGAACAAAUUGAUAUUUUUAUUACUAAUGUUGGUGGGUUUGCACCUUCAUUUAUCUAUAGAAUCGUAUUGGAUAAUUAUAGAGUCGAAGACAAUAAACUUGAAUAA